ACCCUAGAGACUAGAGAGUAGAGAGAGUAAGACCGUAAAGAGAGGAUAUCAAGGAAGAUUUAUUGCGUUAGUUGGCAUACAAGAAUAUUAUUUCCAUUUUCAGUCUAUAUCAACAAUUUUAGUAAGCUCCAACUCCUUCUUGGCUGUCGCCCACUCUCAGUCUCUUCUUCUUCUGACAAUUAAUCAUCAAAUCAAACAAAAAAAGGAAGAAAAGUUUCCAACCUCCAUAAUCAAAAAAAGCAAUGCUGAAGAGGAAGAGAAGAGAUAAAGAAAAGGUUGAAAAUGGAGAAAACACCGAAGAUUACUGUUUUGUUUGUAAAGAUGGUGGUCUUCUUAUGGUCUGUGACCACAAGGAAUGUAUCAAAGCUUAUCACCCUCAAUGUGUGAGUCGAGAAGAAUCAACGGAAGAUGUUGAUGAACAAUGGAUUUGUGACUGGCAUUAUUGCCUUAUAUGUCGAAAAAAUUCAAGGUUUCAGUGUUUCUGCUGCCCAAAUGCUGUUUGCCUAAGAUGCUUCAAGGAUGCCUUAUUUGCAAAAGUUAAAGGUAACAAAGGGUUUUGCAAUGAUUGCCUUAAACUAGCAUUACUUGAAGAGGAAGGCAUGGAGGUUGACUCAGAUGGGGAAAAGGUAGACUUCAACGACCGGGAAACAUAUGAAGGCUUAUUUAAGGAAUACUUUGAUAUAAUUAAGGGAAAAGAAGGUUUAAUGUUAAAAGAUCUACACUAUGCCGAUGUGCAAAUGAAAAAGGGUGAAAACUGUAGAUCAUUGUCCCUUAAGUUACACCAGUCUCAACGGCUGCCUUCUGACUCAGAUAAGUCGAUCAAAGAGGAAGAAAAUAAAGAAUUACCAGCUUUCAAACAUGAUAAUGAUGAUGGCGAACAAACGAUUAUAGCUUAUAAAAAGGAGCCUAAGAUGUUAAGAAGGCGCAAAGGUCCUAAAAGAAUUGAGUUUGCCGGUUGGGCUUCCAAACCUCUUAUAGAGUUCCUUGCAUCUAUUCGAGCGGAUACUGGCAAGAAGCUAUCACAGGAUGAUGUUGCUUCAAUUGUUAGUAACUAUGCACAUGAAAAUAAACUACUUCAUCCCGACAAAAAGAAGUUGAUUCUUUGUGAUAUACGUCUGCGUUCUCUACUGGGAAGAAAUUCAAUAAGAUUAUAUCAAGUAAAGAAUGUUUUGAAACCACAUUUUAUUGACCAAUCAGAAGAUGAAGGGUACAGGAUAGGAUCUGAUAACGACAAAGUUACUUCGCUUGGAAAAAAUCAGGCUUGGAGAACAAAACUUAAAUCCUUUCAGCAUAAAAAAUCACAUUUGGACAAGUUUCAAAGGAAAAAAUCCAUAUUAGACAAGCCUAAUAAAACAGAAGUUGUAGUUAAAGUCAUUUAUAGUCCUUAUGCAACAAUAGGUUUGCAAAACAUGAAGCUCGUUUAUUUGAAGAAGUGUUUGGUAGAAAAACUGCUAGAGCAACAUGAAAGUUUUGAAAGCAAAGUGGUUGGAAGCUUUGUGAAAGUGAAGUCGGAACCAUUUGAUGCGAGGCAUCCAUAUCAACUUCUUUCUGUUAUAGGAGUUCAGCACUUUGGUGAUGGAAACGAAAAGGUUUGUCUUCAAUUAUCUAACCUUCCUAAUGAUGUCCCGUUGUGCUUGCUAUCAAACGAUGAUCUAUCUGAGCAAGAUUGUGAGGAGCUGCGGCAGAAAUUUGAUAACAAUGUUCUAUCAAAGCCUACUGUUGCUACACUUGAAAAGAAAGCAAAAGACCUCCAUGAAGAUCUAACAAAACAUUGGAUUACCACAGAACUCUCUAUACUACGGAACCGCAUUGAUCUAGCAAAUGAAAAGGGACGGAGAGCUAAAUUGUUCGAAUAUUAUAGAAAGCUAGACCUGCUUCAAUCAGAGGGAGAGCAAGCACGCUUGCUAAAUGAGGUCCCUAAAGUACUUGCAGAUGUCAUUGAGGUAAAGCCUGAAUCUGAUGAGGGCAAUGUUUCCUCACCUGGAAAAAACCAGGCUUGGGAGACAAAAAUUGGAUCAAUUCAGCAUAAAGGAUUUCUUAUGGAGAAGUUUCAAUUGAAAGAAUCCAUAAUAGACAAGCCUAAUAAAACAAAAGGUGUGGUUAAAGCCAUCUGUAGUCGUUAUGGAACCAUAGGUCCGCAAAACAUGAAGCUCGUUUACUUGAAGAAGUGUUUGGUAGAAAAAUUGUUGGAGCAACGUGAAAGUUUUGAGAGCAAAGUGGUGGGAAGUUUUGUAAAAGUGAGGUCAAAUCCAUUUGAUGCGAGGCAUCCAUGUCAACUUCUUCCAGUAAUAGGAGUCCAAAACUCUGGAGAAGGAAACGAAAAGGUUCAUCUUCAAGUAUCUAAUCUUCCUAAUAACAUCCCCAUACAUUUGCUGUCAAAUGAAGCUAUUUCUGAGCAAGAUUGUGAGGAGCUGCGCCAUAAAGUGGAUAAUGGACUUAUUCCAAAGCCUACUGUUGUAGCCCUUGAGAAAAAAGCAAAAGACCUCCAUGAAGAUUUGACAAGACAUCGGAUCACCAUAGAGCUCUCUAUUCUACGAAAUCGUAUUGAUGCAGCAAAUGAAAAGGGACAAAGAGCUAAAUUGUUCGAAUAUCGUAGAAAGAAAGACCUGCUUGAGUCAGAGGCUGAGCAGGCACGCUUGCUAAAUGAGGUCCCAAAAGUGCUUGCAGAUGUCAUUGAGCUCAAGUCUGAAUCUGAGGAGUACAGUUCAGGAUUUGAUAAGGACAAUGUUCCCUUGAAGCCACAUUUUGUUGAAAAUGUGGACCAAUCAAAAGAUGAAGUGUACAGUUCAGGGUAUGAUAAAGACAAUGUUUCCAUGCCAGCAGAAAAGCAGAAUUGGAGGAGAAAAGUUGGAUCAAUUCAACGUAAUGGAUUGCUUUUGGAGAAGUUUCAACAAAAAGAAUCCAUAUCAGACAAGCCUAAUCAAACAAAAGUUGUGGUUGAAGACAUCUAUAGUCGUUAUGCAACCAUAGGUCCACAAAACAUGAAGCUCGUUUACUUGAAGAAGUGUUUUGUAGAGAAACUGUUGGAGAAUCGUGAAAGUUUUGAAAGCAAAGUGGUGGGAAGCUUUGUGAAAGUGAAGUCAGACCCAUUUGAUGCAAAGCAUCCAUACCAACUUCUUCCAGUAAUAGGAGUCCAAAAUUCUGGUGAUGGAAAUGAAAAGGUUCUUCUACAAAUAUCUAAUCUUGCUAGUGACGUCCCCAUGCGCUUGUUAUCAAACGAUGAUAUUUCUGAGGUACUCAAUCCGAGAUAUUGUUGCUCGCUAUAUGUAUUAUGUGUUUUCAGGCAAGAUUACGAGGAGUUGCGCCAAAAAGUGGAUAAUGGUCUUAUUUCAAAGCCUACUGUUGAAGCGCUUGAGAAGAAAGUGAAAGACCUCCAUGAAGAUAUGACAAAACAUUGGAUCACUAUGGAACUCUCUAUUUUACGAAACCGCAUUGAUCUAGCAAAUGAAAAGGGAGAACGAGCUAAAAUGUUUGAAUAUCAUCGAAAGAGAGAGUUGCUUCAGUCACAGGCCGAGCAGGCACGCUUGCUAAAUGAGGUUCCUAAAAUUCUCGCAGAUGUCAUUGAGGUCAAGCCUGAAUCAGAGAAGACUCGGCAGUAUGAUAUUUCCGAAAUUGUUUGGUCACAUGCAAAUCAUGGUGAAAAAUCAGAAGGCAAUGGGAGCAAACAAGAGUAAUAGGUUUUCUGCACAUCAGGUAAUGUUAAUAGUGCUUGAAUGAUGGAUAUUCACAUUUACUACUUUGGACGAGACCUUAUUUUCUUAAGGUGAUGCUUUAACAUUAUAUUUAUAUGUAUGUAUUCCAAAUUCACAUGGAAAUUAAAGGCUCAAGUAAAACUACUGGUGAUUAGGAGUAAUUCUACCUGUUUUUAUGUAUUUGGAGCUUUUAAACAACAUUUCAUUGCAAUAAUGUCAUUAUAUGGGUUGAAUGUACACAACCUUACAACCUCAUUCGAAUUAGUAAUAAUAAAGCGGUUGCCGUCUACAAAUUUACAAAUCAAGAAAUGCAUAUA